AUCACCGCACCUGCGCGGGCACCCGCACAGCUCGUGCUGGAGCGGCAGGAUCAUGACACUGUCUCCUACGAUUGGUUGGCAACCAGUUCAGGGUGUACCCUGCCUCCUGAAUGUCGACAGGUGGGAUGGGCUCCACCAUUCCUGUGACCCUCAUGAGGAUAAGUGGUGACUCCCGGCUUUGUGUCCUCCCCAAACGAGCGUCAGGCAGCAUCAGCCACAAUCUCGCGUCGCUCUAUGAUCCCACGGCAAGUGAGAGAAGUACAGAGAUUGGGAGCGGUGCCAAGGCAGCAGAGGCGUGAUGUGGGAUUAAGUAUCAGAGGAUUGGGAUUAGGAAACACGGCGGGAUCCCCUGAGGCUUUUCCGGACACGUGGGCCGCACCUUCAGAUCACAGCGCCGGGUCAUGACCCAGUUGCCAUGCGCAUCGCCACGCUGACCUGCCUUCCCGGCCCUUUUUCCCCCUUCCUCUUUGCGUUCCUGUACUUCCUGUCAGUGGUCGUUCUGGUGGUCACCUCAUCUUCGUCGUCAUUGUCCUCUUGCCCAGACCACUGCACCUGCUCCAACCAGGCCAGCCGCGUCAUCUGCACUCGUCAGAGCCUGGACGACGUGCCCGACAGCAUCUCUGUCAACACCAGAUACCUCAACCUGCAGGAGAACGCCAUACAGGUCAUCAAGUCGGACACCUUCAAGCACCUACGGCAUCUGGAGAUCCUCCAACUCUCCAAGAACCUGAUCCGUCAGAUCGAAGUGGGUGCGUUCAAUGGCCUCCCCAACCUCAACACUCUGGAGCUUUUUGACAACCGCCUCACACUGGUGCCGUCACAUGCCUUCGAGUACCUCAGCAAGCUGCGUGAGCUGUGGCUGCGCAACAACCCCAUCGAGACGCUGCCAGGCUACGCCUUCCACCGUGUACCCUCAUUGCGCCGGCUUGACCUAGGUGAGCUCAAGAAGCUAGACUUCAUCUCGGAUGCCGCCUUUGUAGGCCUGUUCAACCUGCGUUAUCUGAACUUGGGCAUGUGUGGACUCAAGGACAUUCCCAAGUUGACGGCUCUAGUGCGCCUGGAGGAGCUUGAGCUGUCUGGGAACAGGCUGGAGAUCAUUCGCCCCGGCUCCUUCCAGGGUUUGGUUUCACUCCGGAAGCUAUGGCUCAUGCACUCGCAGGUGUCGGUUAUUGAACGCAAUGCCUUUGAUGAUUUAAAGAACCUAGAGGAGCUCAACCUGUCACAUAAUUCCUUACACUCGCUACCCCACGAUCUUUUCACGCCGCUGCAUCAGCUGGAGCUGGUGCACCUGAACCACAAUCCCUGGGUGUGCAACUGUGAUGUGCUUUGGCUGAGCUGGUGGCUGAAGGAGACAGUGCCCAGUAACACCACUUGUUGCGCCCGCUGUCAUGCGCCCCCUUUCCUCAAAGGCAAAUACAUCGGUGAGCUGGACCAGAGCCACUUUACCUGCUACGCACCUGUCAUCGUGGAGCCGCCCACUGAUCUCAAUGUCACAGAGGGCAUGGCAGCUGAGCUCAAGUGCCGCACCAGUACCUCCACCACCUCGGUCAACUGGAUCACACCCAACGGUACACUGAUGACCCAUGGCUCAUACCGGGUGCGCAUUUCAGUGCUGCACGAUGGUACGCUUAACUUCACCAACGUCACUCUCCGAGAUACGGGCCAGUACACUUGCAUGGUUACCAAUGCAGCCGGAAACACCACGGCGACUGCUGUCCUUAACGUCACUGCUGCCGAUGUCAGUGUCAACUACACCUACUUCACUACGGUCACAGUGGAAACUGUGGAAACUCCAGGAGAAGAAGAGUCAGCCCUGGUGGCGAUCAAUGAGACCUUCAUCCGAGUCCUCCCAGGACCAACCCCCUCGGGGCAUCUGUGGCCAGAUGGCAUCACAACUACAGCCUCCUCGUUGUCCAUCGACUGGUCCUCGUCGCCCUCUCCCCGUGCCACUCGACCCACCUUCACUGUGCCCAUCACAGAGCCGGGCUUCUCUGGCCUCGACGAUGUGAUGAAGACCACCAAGAUCAUCAUUGGCUGUUUUGUGGCCAUCACCUUUAUGGCAGCGGUGAUGUUGGUGGUAUUUUACAAGCUAAGGAAGCAGCACCAGCUCCACAAGCACCAUGGACCUGCGCGGGCCAUCGAGAUUAUCAACGUGGAGGAUGAGCUGAGUGGAGGGGCCAGCGCCCGGAGCGGCAGCGGAGGGGGCAUCUCGGGGGGAUGCGCCUUGACACAAAGCAGUGGAAUCGGGGGCGGCCAGAGCCUGAGGCGGCACCACUCAGAUCUGGUUACCCUACCCCACCUGACCCGCACGGAGCACCUCAACUACUACAAGACUCACCACUUCAGCAACAAUAUUGUGGGCCUAGGAAUGGGCAUGAACAACAACAACAACCCGCUCCCCUGUUCCCAAAACAUGAACAUGUCUUGUUCCCAGGUGCCCAGCUCCAUGGGCGGUGGGCUGGGGACCUGCGGCACUCUGCCCACACCGGUCCCGCUGCCUCAACUUAGUCUACACAGCUCCCUCAAGGGCCUCAUGGCCAAGGGGCAGAACGAGCCUCUGCUUUUUAAGAGUGGUUCCAAGGAGAAUGUACAGGAGACUCAAAUCUGAGGGGACUUUCUCCACCCCCCUGUAGCCCCACCAUCAUUGCGGAAGUAGGGGGGAGCGGCGGUUGUCCACAGAUGCUGUCUCAUUGAGCACACGCUCCCACCCACAUUCAGGUGACAAGCAGCUCUAGUUUUUGCCAAAGUCCCAAGUCAAGCCAACCAAUCGGACGCUGCAUCUUUUGUGGAUUAUUUCUAUGGACCAUCUGAGUGGUUGGAAUAAUCAGAUGUGUCUCCACAUGGCUUCACGGACAAACCAGAGCUAUAAAAAAGAUGUGAAAAAAAAGAACAAAGUACUUGAUAUUAUUAUCAAUAAACGGUAAAUAUAUUUUCACUGGAAGAAAUAAAUUAUAAAGAAUCUUUACUGAGCUGCCGACAUAGAACGUGUGAAGAAUAUAUUUAAACCAUAUAAAAAAAAGUCCUUGAGGCCCCACCUUUCAAAAUGGCUGAGUGAAUCUAUUUUCUUUUUCUAGGAAGGACCAUUUUGUGUGUGUGUGUGUGUGUGUGGUGUGUGUGUGUGUGUGUGAGUGUGUGUGUGUGUGUUGGGGGGGCCCAGUCACACCAACAGGGUCAGUGGCGACGUGCUCUGUAGCAUCAAUAAUAAUAAUAAUAAUAAUGAAAACAAUAACAAGCAUCGUAAGCUCACAGUGUACAUAGUCCCAAAAGGCUGCUCGCUAAUCACCAUCUUUGGAUUCACAUGUUAGCGUUAGCAUUGUUAUUAUCACCGCGUUAGCUCUUUUUUUUCUUUUUCUUUUGUACUCUUGGGGUUCUUUUUUUAGUGGACACAAAGUGGCAGCAGGAGCGGAACAUUGAGAUUGGAAGAUUUUGGAACAACUAUUUCACUCGCUGAUGGCAGUUUUAUGAAGGUAAGCGGCUCUCGUCGGAGGGAGGAACAAAAGACUUAUUUUGAAGAAAAAAAAGGACUAGUCAAAGAAAAUAUAGAAACUUCUAGAUCUCAAAUGAAAAAAAUAUGAUUAUGAUGAUGUUUUUUCAGUUUGAUUUUCUUGUUUUUUGUUAUUUUGUUAUAUUUCUUCUUGUACUCUACUUGUUCUUGUUCUUCUAAUUAGAUGAUUCCACGGGUUCUAAUUAUGCCGACAAUGUUCUGUUAUAGCCCACGUCACUUUGGAAAUUAAAAA